GAAGUUGGGCACUAAGAAGUGUGGUGGAAGGAAGCUUCUUCUGAAAACUUCGAGGCGAUAUGGGGGCUGAAGAACUACUACAGGGUCUCCUGCCCAAGAGGGACAGUGAGGCUCCUCUCGUUCUUGGACUUCAGGCAUCUGCCCUUGUUGAUCAUGUCGCUAGGGUGGAUUGGUCUUUGCUGGACCAGAUUUCCGGAGAGAGAGGUGGCUCUCAGCCGGUUGCUAUUGAAGAGCUGGAGCAUAUAUUAAAUGAGCUGAAAACCCACAUUCUUCCAACCCCUGAUGAUCCUUCUCCCAUCAUAACAAUAGCUGGUGGAAGCGUAGCUAAUACGAUCCGAGGUCUGACCGUGGGCUUCCAGGUCACAUCUGGAAUAAUUGGGGCCUUUGCAGAUGAUGAGCAGGGCCGCUUGUUUGUACAUAAUAUGAGCUCUAAUGGAGUGAACCUUUCAAGAUUAAAGUUGAAGAAGGGAACCACGGCACAAUGUGUUUGUUUAGUUGAUGCAGUAGGCAAUCGGACUAUGCGACCCUGUCUGUCAAAUGCUGUUAGGCUUCAGGCAGAUGAAUUAACUAGAGAGGAUUUUACAGGUUCCAAGUGGUUAGUUGUGAGAUAUGCGAUUUCCAAUCUGGAAGUUAUUCGUGCGGCAAUUAGGAUUGCUAAACAAGAGGGAGUAUCUGUCUCCCUGGAUUUGGCCAGUUUUGAGAUGGUACGAAACUUCAAGUCACCCCUUCUUGAAUUACUUGAAUCUGGGGAUAUUGACCUCUGUUUUGCCAAUGAGGAUGAAGCAAAAGAGCUGCUAAGGGGUGAGCAAAAUGCUGAUCCAGAGGCUGCUGUGGAGUUCCUGGCCAAACAUUGUCAAUGGGCUGUGGUUACUUUAGGCCCUAAUGGAUGCAUAGUGAAACAUGGGACAGAGAUGGUCAGACUUUCAGCUAUAGGGGGAACACACGCAACUGAUGCAACUGGAGCAGGUGACCUCUUUGCAAGUGGGUUCUUGUAUGGGUUGGAGAAAGGGCUAUCUCUUGAGGACUGCUGCAGAGUGGGCUCCUGCAGUGGUGCGUCUGUCAUCCGUUCACUUGGGGGUGAGGUUACACCAGAGAACUGGCAAUGGAUGUAUAAGCAAAUGGAAAUUAAAGGCCUCUCACUUCCUGAUUUCUGCAAGCCCUAAAUGUACAAGGCAUUUCUGGGUGAACCAGAAGGUUGAUUUUCUUUUUCAUUGUGAGUGCUUAACUGCUUACUGAUAAGUGAAAGCAACUAUAGGGCCUUGUUGACAGCUUAUAGAGAAACCAUCUAGCUUUCAAAGUCUGCAAAUAGACAGCAAGGUGGAAUGCUGUGGAGGUGACAAUUCCUAAUUCGGGAGAUUUCUUCUCGCAACUUUUUGUUUCCAUUGAUCUCAUUACUGAGUUUUGAGGAAGACUAACACGACUGCUCAGAUUUUGAUUUCAUUUGGAUUUUGUGAUGUGAGUUUACCUAGUUAUUUCGAUUAGUUCCC